GGGGCUGGGGCGACAGCGCAUGUGCCCACAGAGAGGGCCCUGAGUGCUGCCUCUGGCACAUGUACCAUAGAUUUGCCACCACUGAUCUAGUCUAUAAACAAUAACCAUCCUGUACAUCAUCCAGUUUUAUCAAAUUUUCUAGGAUAGUUUAUGGGCCACUAUUUCUUUUCAAUAUGAGUACUAACUAGGCCGUAUCCUGGUAACAUCUGAGACUAAAUGCUAUUUAUCUUUUGCUGACUUGUUAACUGCCAGCAUUUUCAAAUGGAAUGCAUCAGUGGCCUUCCCACCAAGGAUGGUAAGACAGCAGAGAGGAUUGUGUGGCUCUAUUCAGCAUACUGAAGUAAAAAAUAACUUCAGUGUUAUUAAACUCUUUUCCUCAUGGAUCUUUGAUUUGCAGUCAGAAAGUUUAAAUAGCCAUACUGAAAGUAGGUAGGUUUUGACAAAUAUUAAAAGAAACAUUAACUUUCUAAGUUGAAUUUAUUAUGAGCUUUAAGACAAAAUCAUUAGAACAGGGUAAAUGAUGUGACAUCUCUUAUCUUUUUUUAGGUUCCUGGAUGUUCAUGUUUUUUCUUGUGUGUCAGGGAAAGGGAGAAAACAUGUAAAGUUUUAGAUAGUCAAAUGGUAGUUAUAGAAACGAGUGGGCCCUCAAGUUCUUCCCAGUUAUUGAGCACACCCACCCACAGCCCAGGGGCAGAGUCUGUUGCAUCUUGUGGAGAAAGACAGGUGAGAAAAGGAAGUCUAGUACAGGAGAAUUGAUUGAAUCAAGGUUCCUAAGUAGAGCUGUUCUGAAGCAGCUGCUUUGAAGGAGCUGAUCUUUUUUGCUGUGGCAUCACUUCCCAUUUUCAGCAGGGCACAGAGAGGAGCUGGCUUCUGUAACCAAGUAACUUGGUGCCUGGAUCAAAGGAAGGUUCUCCCAUUUCUGUUUUAGCCAUUUCAUGUUUGCCUAUUCCUAAUUUCCUAAACUUAUUCUUGGAUGAAACUUUUCACAAUGAUUGUAGUGCUAAUAAUGUUUUUUACUUGAUUGCAAGUUAGAAAAUCUGGUGUUCUCUCUAUAUUGACGACUAUGUUUUGCUUUCAAAGUAUUAAAGCAGCUUUGUUUCACAAGAUGAGUGUAAAAAUAUUGGUAAGUGGUAUUUCAUUUUAUGUAGCAGUCUUUUGUCUUGAUAUGCUAGCUUUUGUUUUAUGUUUAGUUUUUCAUUUUUGUCUUAUGUGUCCAUUUUUCCUCUGUAAUUUAAAAAAUAUAGAAUUUGGAAGAAAAAAUUGCUAUAAUCAUUAAAAUGUGUUUAUACUUAUGUAUACACAGUAAAAUUAGUGUAUAGCUGUUUUAAAGAGUUCUAAAGCAGCAACACUGAUAAAGCCGGCAACUAACUCUUCCAGGCUUAUCAGAGUUAGAAGUAGAAAGAAAUAAUGACAACAAGGAAAUGGGAAAAUUAAGAAAAAGCAGAAUACAGUCCUCUGUCAUUAUGCAUGUCAUAGUAGAUUUCAUGUGAUGUUAGCUGUAUAGUUAUAUUCAGAAUAAAGAAUAUUUCCUCCUGCACUAAACAGAAGGUCAGGGAAUGUUGACUUUUAAACCAAAGAAGUAGGGUGAUGUAAAUUAAACAGUAAGAAAAUCCAUACUUGAUCAUUAAAAUGUUUAAUGCAAUUAAAUAUUGCAGAAAUCCCAGUUAAUUCAACUAACUCAUCCUAUCAGUUAUCAAAACUUCAUUCAUAAAGGUGUGGCAGAAUACAACAAAUUGUCCUUCAAAAUAUUGUAAUCAAAUUAAGGUUAUCUUUCAUUAAAUGCCUGAAAGCUUUUUAGUUUACCUAGUGACUUAGCUUCAAAUAUUUUUGUUCUUAUAAUACUUUCUUUCUUUUAUGUUUUUAUCAUUUAAUGCUAUCUAUUAAGCCAUUAUUAUUCUUUUACUUAUUUCCUUAUGAGAAACUUUACCUCAACUAACCAUUCAGGAAUAUUUGUUCAUUUAUUGAUACCAGCUUACAAGUGAGAAAAAUAAGUGUGCUUCCUUGAGGUAAAACAAUCAGGUCUGAUUUAAAAUGCAGGAAAUAACCUGCUUAAAAAUUAGUUAACAUACAUUUCUGAUGCAAGAGCUAAAAUUUCUUUUAAAAAAUAGUUUGCACUUGGUGGCAUCAUAUAGUAUUUUACCAGUUUAGGUAAUUGGAAAAUAUGCUGAAAAUGUCAGAAGAAUGUUGUACCUUGACUGACCUCUCAAUAGGUUGAGAGGCUGAGGAGAGAGAAUUAUUUUAGGAUCACAUUUUUAUAGCAUCCUAGAUCAGCACUUUUUUUGGCCACUGACAUUAAUAGUCUUGAAUUUAAAAUAUUGAUCAUUUCAAAUAAAGCAUUAUUUAGGUAGUGCUUCUUCCAUGGCUGGGGCCCAAAGGAAUUGUCUUCAUUCCAUCAGCCAACCACAUGCUCAUACAACAUAUGUGAUAUGAGAUAUGAACUAGAAAUAUCAGUUCAUUUUCAAAUCAAUUAGAAACGUACAUGAUAAUUUGCCAUGUGAAUACAGCCCCUUGAUGCUAUUGGUUUCUUGAGAUUUCAAAAAGGAAUCUCUCCCAAUUCUAAAUGGAGACAUGAAAGUGUAAUCUUUGGAUUACACGUCAAAGAUGCAUCUCCAUUUUCUUUCUCUGAAUGAUUGUUCAACAUUGAUUUCUAGCAGUAGAGCAUAGGUACAAUUCAAUUUAAUAUAUGCUAGUUUAAAUAUAUUUUUCUGUAAUUAAUUUUAUCAGUUUUAUGAGUAAAGCGAGGACCAUUCCCCCAUUCAGGGGGAAAUUAGUUUUUUUAGAAAUGUAAAUAAAUAUAGAGUUGAUUUCAACUGAUUGAAUUGUGGUUGCUAAAUGGAGACUACCUGCAAGCAUUGUCAACUCAAUACAAAUACAGGUAGUCCUUGUUUAAGCAAUCACAAUUUGGAUCUUUUGCUUCUUUACUACAUCCUGCUUUUUUGUACCAUUUCUUCAGAUGAAAAGUUACAAAGAAUUUGAAAGCUUCAAUACUUUAGUGUCAUUUUACCUUGCUUCUCAGCUACUGUAAGGUACCAGAACUGGAAAUGCAAAAUCCCUGACAAUUAGAUAGCCCUAGCCUUAGCUGUUGUCUAAUAAUCAUCCAGUCUUUUGCCAGCUGAAGUCUGAUAGACCUAGCUUUGAUUUAGGAAUGCACAUCACACUAAGCACACUAAGCAUAUGUAGAUUUUGGAUUCCAGUUGCAAAAUCCAGUACGAUGGCUGGGUUCAUACUUUGUUAAGCUUUGACAUGAUAGUUCAUUUCAGUUUAAUGCAAUGUCUGAAUACAAAAGAUAAUUGGGUUGACAGAUAAUAGAACCUAAUGAUGGCUUAUCAUGGCCUGGCAAGGAUGUAUAAUUUUUGCAAUUGGGGGUCUACUCUCUGACCAGUAACCUUAUCCAACAUAGAAUUCAACGUUAGCACACAAUGUCAUGACUUAACAAUCUAUUUACAGGACCCUAGUAUUUAUUCUUAUGAAACCAAAUUUGAUCUCUGGGUUUCCAUAGUUAUCUGAAUUAAUGGUGGAAUUAAGCCAAGUCCUUUUAUAUCACUUCAACUGGCACCGCAUGAAACAUAAAGACUAAAACAAAGAUAUACAAAUAUGAAACAAAUGUCAGUAAAGGUUUUAAAAGUUUACUUUGUUUUACAGUCUAUGCAUGGCAACAAUGGAAUGUUGAAUCACUAGAGAGAUCUAUGUAGCACUUGCUGGUUCAUGUGUGCUGUUUGUCAAUGCUAUUGCAGCCCAGGGUCCAUAGUGAAACUACUUCAAAUGGCAAAUGAGUCCUUUUAUUCAGGAAGACAACAAAACACACACAGAAGCAGCACUUCAAACAGCAAAAAGCAUGACACAGAAAUGGAGAGCCAGUAUAUAUAAUAUCACUUAAGCUUAAUAGGAGCAGCUGCCUAACAGGUAUCUGCUGACAAACAGCCCCUUAAAGCCAUAAUAUGAUAGAUACAUUUUCAAUCCAGGUGACGAUCUGUAUUUGUAAGGACUUGGAACGUGUAUUGCAAGAUAUUAUAUGACUGCAUAACAUGUAAGAUCAAUGUGCCCUAAUUUCAUAUCCACACUUCCAUAACUGAGCAGUUGAGGGAGAAUGUGUCUUAUACCCUUUUUUAAUAUAGCUUCUACCUCCAGGUCAUAAAUAGUCCUUGGAAGUCUGUCAUAACCUUGGUCACUAAUUGAUCAGAUGUAAGUAAAGGACUGCCUAUAGGUGCCUAAAGAAGAUCGAAAAUUACAAUUUACAUAUAUAUGGCAUAUUUCAAUUGGAAUGGCUUGUCUCGUUAGCAAUACCAAAAACUGUUGAAGUUUUUAUUGCUUCAAUUUUGGGAUACUUUAUACUGUACCAAAUUUCUAUCCUCUAUAGUGGGAAAUUUUGAUCUUAAUUUGAAUAUAUGAUAAUCACUAGGCCAAGAUUCAGCUUCAUAUAUUCCAAAAUUAAACAAGAUAGCAAUUUAAUCAUUUAUUGGCUUUAAGUUCAAAAUCCAAUUGAGAAUUCUGGGUACUACAAUAUGAAAAUAACUGGAUGGAGUUUAAGAAAGCUGAUUCAGCAUUAUUCAAUAAGCAAACUGAAGAAAGCAAGCAAAAUUGUCAAGAUGGAUGAGAUAAAAAUUCCAAUUCAUGCAUUGAUUGCAUUCACACAGUUUGCUAAAUUCUAAUUGGCUCAAUAAGCCACAGUUGUUAGGGAUCAAAUGUUGUAUUAACUAUUUAAAAAACACAAUGCUUAGAGUCAAACAAGAUGCGAUGAAAACAAACCAUGCUAGGCUUUGAGAGCAGCGCCCCUGAUACAAGAAGUACAUAACUGAGAGCCAUUCUCUGAUUAACUUUUCUCUGAAUACACCUUUGAAAAUAUACACAAAUUAAUUACCAUGGUUAGUAAGUAUAGCCCCAAAUAUACAAAGCUCUCUUAAGCCAUUUUAAGUAACACCAAGUUAGGGCCAUCAUGGCCUUUCAUAACAAAAUGUUGCUUUUUUUGUUUGCCCUGAAAUUAUUACCAUAAAUAGCCUGUUUAGUCUACUAGUUAAGGCACCACGCUAAAAACCAGGAGACCUUGAGUUCUAAUCCCACUUUAGGCAUGAAGGCCAAGGGUAAUUUGGAACCAAUCACUCUCUCUCAGCCCAACUCACCUCAUAGAAUUGUUGUGGGAAACAUAGGAGGAAAGUAUGGUCACUGCAUGGUUUAUUUAUGAAAAAUAAAGGUGAGCUAAAUAAAGUCAUUGCAAAAUAUAAUACCAUCAAAUAAAAUCCCCUAAACAAGAGUCCUUCUCAGAUUGACUACUAAAUUUUGUGUCUGUAUUUAAUAAUCUAAUGGCAUUUGUCUUCCUUGUAAGACUAAUUUUAGCUUUCCCCUUUUAAAAGAUAAUUGGUGAGAAGACACUGGAAUACAUGAAAAAAACAACUUUUCCCCCACCUGAAGAUCUGAUUGGCCAACUCCCAUGAUCCCAGGCUAACGUUGUUGUACACGCAAGCAUGUAGAUAGGUACGUAUAAAUUAAGCACAGAAGCGAUGUAAUCAAAGAGCUUUUAAUGACUAAAUUACAAACGUGCUUCAUAGUUACCUUCACACCUUUGAAAACAAAGACAACAAGAAACGUUAACCCCUUUACCCAUGAGCAGAUGCUGACAGGCCAAUAUGACCAUAGGAUGUUCACAAUUGAACCGAAAUGUUUAGCCCACUGAAAUACCUGCCGCUGUGGUUUCUUGUACUUCCCCCCUCCCCCGAGAAUAACCUCACUGACCUCAACAGAACUUUCCCCUGCAGAUAUAUUCGGAUUCUUCAAAUUCUUGUUUUACAUAAUUUGGGUGACAUUGCUUGGAAACUCUAGGAACUGUAAUCCGGAGGCUUCGAGAGGAACCCAGUUCGUGGCGGAUUCGCUGAGGGAAAUCGGAAUAAAAGCGUAGAGGAAAGCUGAGGGGCAAUCCAUUUGGGUUUGAGACGCGCUGUGAGACCACUGCAGCUUCUGCCCAAUCCGUUCCCUCUUUUAUGCAGCGAAGAAGCCGCUUCUAUCCAUUGGCGUUACUUGAGCACAAAAAACCGAACCUCUCUCCCACAUCCCCCUCUCCCGCAGCUGCUGGCUUGCGCCCAUUUGGGAAGACGCUCUUGUGGCUACUUGUAGACGCAACUUUCUUGCAAGUUUGGUUGCGCCCGCCCUUUUUGGAAAAUGCCCACUUUUUUUUUUCUUACUUCUCUUUUUACCCAGCGCAGCCCCCCUCUCCGCCCGGGCGCCCUUUCCAGAAGAACUAUGCAAAUUGCUCACGACCAGGAAGUAAAGUCGGAACGCACAGUAGCCUCUGCAAGGCGCCCGAGGUUCCUCUCUGUAGCGGAGCAGGACUGACUGAAGCGAGAAUGAGCCUCGCCGGUUCUUCUUGGUUAGGUUUUCACUUCCCCUGUUUUUAAGUUCCGAAAACCGGGCGACUUCAUUCUCAGAGAGGAUCCUUCUGGGCUGUGGGCUCGCUCUCCUUUUUCCCAGCCUCCGGGCUGAAGAAACGGUGGACUUAAUUGGUGAAGUUCAUCUCUCCACGCUUAGGAAAGUAAAUAUGGGAUGUAUAAAAUCCAAACAAAAAGAGAGUCUGCGUGGAGAUGGGCUAGAUGUGAAGAACAAAUCAGUACGUAAAACUGAACGAACUAUUUAUGUGAGGGAUCCAACGUCCAUUAAACAGCAAAGGCCAGGAAAUGAAGAUAUUCUUUUGCCAGGUCAAAGGUUCUAUAAUGAAGAUGAGGAGAAAGAACAUGGGGACAUUGUGAUAGCCUUAUAUGUUUAUGAAGGCAUGCAUGAAGAUGACUUAUCCUUCAAAAAAGGAGAAAAAAUGAGAAUUCUGGAGGAACAUGGCGAAUGGUGGAGGGCUAAGUCCCUUUUAACUAAGAAAGAAGGAUUUAUCCCAAGCAAUUAUGUUGCAAAAGUCAACACCUUAGAAACAGAAGAAUGGUUCUUUAAAGACAUAACCAGAAAAGAUGCAGAAAGGCAACUUCUAGCACCAGGGAAUUCUCCUGGAGCAUUCCUUAUCAGAGAGAGUGAAACAUUAAAAGGUAGUUAUUCAUUAUCAAUAAGAGACCAUGAUGGACAAAAUGGUGAUGUUGUUAAGCACUACAAAAUCAGAAGCUUAGACAAUGGAGGCUAUUACAUCUCUCCAAGAAUUACUUUUCCCUGCAUCAGUGAUAUGAUCAAACAUUAUCAGAAGCAAGCAGAUGGUUUAUGCAGAAAGCUAGAGAAAGCAUGUAUUAGUCCUAAACCACAGAAACCGUGGGAUAAAGAUGCCUGGGAGAUACCUCGAGAUUCAAUCAAAUUAGUGAAAAAACUUGGAGCGGGUCAGUUCGGAGAAGUUUGGAUGGGUUACUAUAAUAACAAUACCAAAGUGGCAGUUAAAACUUUGAAACCUGGUACUAUGUCCGUCCAAGCAUUCCUAGAAGAAGCCAACCUGAUGAAAACACUUCAGCACGACAAGCUGGUCAGACUAUACGCUGUAAUCACCAAAGAAGAACCUAUUUACAUUAUAACAGAAUUUAUGGCAAAAGGAAGUUUAUUGGAUUUUCUGAAGAGUACAGAAGGGACAAAAUUACUACUACCAAAGCUCAUUGACUUCUCAGCUCAGAUUGCAGAGGGGAUGGCAUACAUUGAAAGAAAAAAUUACAUACAUCGGGAUCUGAGAGCAGCAAAUGUUUUAGUUUCAGACACGCUUAUGUGUAAAAUUGCUGAUUUUGGACUUGCAAGAGUAAUUGAAGAUAAUGAAUACACAGCCAGGGAAGGUGCAAAGUUCCCUAUCAAAUGGACAGCACCAGAAGCCAUUAACUAUGGUUCUUUUACUAUUAAAUCAGAUGUAUGGUCCUUUGGAGUUCUUCUGUAUGAAAUAAUUACUUAUGGAAAAAUUCCUUACCCAGGUAUGAGUAAUUCUGAUGUAAUGGCAGCCCUUCAACGUGGGUAUCGCAUGCCAUGCAUGGAAUCUUGCCCCUCUGAGCUUUAUGAUAUUAUGAAAACAUGCUGGAAAGAUAAAGCAGAAGAGAGACCAACAUUUGAAUAUUUACAGAGUGUCCUUGAUGAUUUCUACACAGCUACUGAAGGACAGUAUCAGCAGCAACCAUAGAAACAAUUGUUGCUCUUCUUUCCAAAUGGCAGGGACCUUUUAAUAAGACAAUUUGAUUGAGCCAAUUCUUUUAUACUUACAUACAUACAUGUGUUGGAAUACCCUAAUUGCUUGUGGUACCAAAAUUGAAAGCUAGAGCUCAAGUGGGCAAGACAGAUCCUGCUGAAAGCUUAACAGUUUUUUUCUUCUUCACUGAUGCUUUCUUUGUAUUUAUAUUAAGUAAACAACUAGUUGAAAUGAAUUAUAACAGAAGAUCAUUCUCUGUAUAAAAUCAUGAUGCACAACUGAAACUCCAUGAAGGCAAUCAACACUUACUCCAAAUAGCCAUGUGCAACAUGCUUCUGGAAAAAAAAUAUUAGUCUGUUUUACAGCUGAGCUACAAGUUAUAUGAACUGCUGCAUUUUGUUUGCUGAAAAGCUACCAAAGAUCAGAUCCCUUUAUCUUUCUGCCAUUUCUUUGAAAAAAAAAAAAAAAAAAUGUUUUUGUAAAAAUCCAUUCUUUAAGCAUGACUCAAAUUUUCUCUUUAAAGAUAUCCUUCAAAAACAGGUAUAUGAAAUAUGCUGGAAUUAAAAAGAAAUGAUAUCACUUUACAAUAAUCUUGUGUGAUUUUCUGCAAUUCAAUAUUCCUAGUUUUUUUCCUUUCUGAUUAUGUCAUUUUAUUAACUUUUUAAGGGAAAAUCCAACUAAAAUGUUUAGCUUUAGAAAUACAAUUGCAUAUUGCAACUAUAAGUAGUAUGUUUUGGCACAGAUAAAUUAUAUGGGGGGAAAAUUGAAGUUUUGUUUUUUAUAACACAUUUAUAAGCAGGAGUCCUAGAACACAAUUCACAAUAAACAAUAUGGUAGACUUCCAAAGACAUCUCACAAUUCUGUGCAUCAGGAUUUUUAGUAAUUGUCUCCCCCCCACACACGCACACACAAACGUACGUGGGAGGACAGCAUUUUGGAUGAAUCUUCUGAAAUGCUUUUCACCACUCCAUUAUUAUUGGAACACCAUGAUUAUACCUGUGCUCAGUAGUGCUGGUCAAUACUGUUAUAUACUUUUAAUGAAGAAAUUUAUUUGGUAGACUGGUAAUCAGACUGUCAACUUGUAAAUACAAUUUCAGUGUUUAUGUGAUUUUAAUAAAUAAGCAUUUUGAAAAUAUGAACCAA